GACUAAUUAAAAAAAUUUGUCUGAGGCGGGGCCGUUUGAGACUGGGGCGCCGGCGCCCAGGACUGGGUAAAAAUGUAGUCCCGCCUGAGUCUCAGGUGGUCCCGCCCCAAUCCUUAUUAAAAACCACAAUAUCUCUGUAAAUAGUUUUUAAUUGGCCAUAUUCGUGGUAAAUUAAAAAAAAAACUAUAUUUCUGUCAUUUAUCCGAAACUUGAUUAUCGAUGAUGAUAAUAAUAAUAAUAAUAAUAAUAAUUAUAGUAAGGUUAUGUUGCAAAUUGUGGUAUGAUUGAUCGUUUCAGGAGGUUGAUUCGACCAGUAAGUGUUAAUUGGCACACGUGAAAAGUCAAGGUAAUUAUUAUCAAAUAAUGAAUCAUUAAGUCCCAUUGAAGAACGGAUUAUUAAAUAUUAACCUAAUCUAAUUGGGCUGGGCGUGAUAGACGGAAGGGGGAAAAGAUUCUUAAAAAAUUUCCUUUUGCUGUCAAAAUGAUGUAAUAUCUGGAUAUAUUUUUUUUUUGUAUUAUUUGAAUUUAUGUGAUUAAUGCAAGCAAUUAAUGCUCUGGCCAUGAUUUAUCCAGAUUCCAGACACAGUACAGAUCAUCCACUAAUCCAGUACCUUGCCUUACUAGUUUCAACGGUAACAAUCCCUGGAAAUGACGGUUUGUGAAAUAAUAUUGGAGACAAUGUCGGAUUAGAGAAAUGAUUAUUUAUUGACACAAUCUUGAUUCAACAAGUGACACAUUAACAUGGUAUUCAUCUUAUCGGGCUAAAACUGACAAAUCGCGAGUAAGCAUUUCAUCGAUAUUGUGUUGAUCCGUACAAUGUUUUCAAAUGUACGUACACAACGCCAAUCUAGCCAGCAAUAUGCGAUUGGUCCGCAUCGAUGGUAGGGUACGGAACACAAACUGUGCUGAAAAGAUUGUUCUUCAAGUAAGCUAAGUAAUGAUGUGUUUGUGAAGAACAUCAUCCAUGUUCCAACACCUUGUAUACUGGAGUGGAUAAAAAUCAAAUCCUGAAGGAGCUAAAGUGGUGGUGGCACAUAAAAGAAGAAGUUAUUAUGUAUUUGUUAGCUAGCUACAACUCGCUAUGUCGGCAAAAAGGUGUAAAAUAAGGUACUGCACUAGCCAAAUUUGAAACAUGGAAGUGUCGCUGUCGUAGCACCGAAUUGGGGACGCGGCGGCGGAGAGGGUUGCCGGAGAUUUGGGAUUUUCUGCUUGACAGCUUAAGCUUAGCGUCAUGUUGAUUACUGCUCACUCAUUAAUAGCAAGACAAGACAGCCGCUAGUGUUACCAAAUCGCCUCGCUGGCCAUUACUACUAUUUACUAGUACUAUCGCCAUCACCGUCUCCAAAAUGCCCAAAAUGUGUUUCGAGGGAGAAUGACACAAAUAUUGUGUUUUUUAUUAAAUUUACCACCAAUAUAGCGGAUUAAAAAGUAUUGACAAGUAUAUUGUGUUUUGGAGAAAAAGUGAGGCGAGGCCACCUGAGACUGAGGCGUCACCACCUGAGACUCAGGUGAAUAGGUUGGAAGAAAGUCUCAGGUGUUGACGCCUGAGACUGAGGUGGUACCGCCUAAGACUGAGGUGGCACCGCGAAGAACAAUCCUAAUUCUAACCCUGAAAUCCUAAACCCUGAACCCUAAACCAGCGAAUUUCAUAUCAGUUAUUCACACCACAAAUGGCUAAUAGGUAAGAGACAUAUUUAUAUUUUUUAAUUAUAUUAUUCAAAUGCUAUUAUGAUUGUGUUUAGUUUAAUUAGUGAGUUUUUUUGUAGUGAUUUUAGAAGAUUUGAACUAGUCGUUCGGUGGAAAUCGGAGAAAGUAGAGGAUAAUUUGGGCGUCAAAUUCGUUGGUGGUGGUAGUUUUCAGUUGACGGUUUUUCAAAUGUAAUAGUUGUGGUUUGAAGUAGUUGUUGUUUUUCAAAUAGUUGUUAUGGUUUAAGAAGGUUGUUGUUUUUCAAAUGUAGUAGUUAUUGUUCUUGGCCAAAUUAUAAAAUGUCCGAGUUGUUGUUUGUUAUUUGUUGUUCCGAAUAGUUAUCGCUAAUAACAUCAUACAUGAAUGUAAAAAUAGUUCAAGGAAUAGUCCACAAACAUAAAUAGUCCACAUAAUAGUCCACAUAACACAUAAAUAGUCCACAUACAUAUCCCAAAUAAUAAUAACAUAACAAAAAUACAAAACAAAAACUCUAACGAUCACCACCACGACGACCACCAUGCUGAUCCACUAGAUGGCCAUCGGUACCACACCUCACUGGCACCCUGAUCCGUUUAGGCCUACCAUCAUCAUGCUGGGGCUGAUCAUCCUCGACAUGGAUCAGCAUGGUGGUGGUACCUCAUUGGCACCCUGAUCCGUUUAGGCCUACCAUCAUCAUGCUGGGGCUGAUCAUCCUCGACAUGGAUCAGCAUGGUGGUCAUCGUGGUGGUCGUCGUUAGAGUUUUUUUGGAUUUUUGUUAUGUUAUUAUUAUUUGGGAUAUGUAUGUGGACUAUUUAUGUGUUAUGUGGACUAUUAUGUGGACUAUUUAUGUUUGUGGACUAUUCCUUGAACUAUUUUUACAUUCAUGUAUGAUGUUAUUAGCGAUAACUAUUCGGAACAACAAAUAACAAACAACAACUCGGACAUUUUAUAAUUUGACCAAGAACAACAACUACUACAUUUGAAAAACAACAACCUUCUUAAACCAUAACAACUAUUUGAAAAACAACAACUACUUCAAACCACAACUAUUACAUUUGAAAAACCGUCAACUGAAAACUACCACCACCAACGAAUUUGACGCCCAAAUUAUCCUCUACUUUCUCCGAUUUCCACCGAACGACUAGUUCAAAUCUUCUAAAAUCACUACAUAAAAACUCACUAAUUAAACUAAACACAAUCAUAAUAGCAUUUGAAUAAUAUAAUUAAAAAAAUAAAUAUGUCUCUUACCUAUUAGCCAUUUGUGGUGUGAAUAACUGAUACGAAAUUCGCUGGUUUAGGGUUCAGGGUUUAGGGUUUAGGGUUUCAGGGUUAGAAUUAGGAUUGUUCUUCGCGGUGCCACCUCAGUCUUAGGUGGUACCACCUCAGUCUCAGGCGGUACCACCUCAGUCUCAGGCGCCAACACCUGGGACUUUCUUCCCACCUAUUCACCUGAGUCUCAUGUGGUGACGCCUCAGUCUCAGGUGGCCGCCUAACUUUUUCUCCAAAACACAAUAUACUUGUCAAUACUUUUUAAUCCGCCAUAUUGGUGGUAAAUUUAAUAAAAAACACAAUAUUUGUAUCAUUCUCCCGUGUUUCGAUGACAUGACGUUGUAUCUCUAUAUUGAACGUGUAAGAAAGUAAUUAAUUAUCGUACAUAGAUUUCUCUCAACGACCGAAAUUAUUGAAACUAGUUGGUUUAUAGUUAUAAACCAUGGAAUCAUAUUCCUUUGUAUGGCUGAUAAAUCGUUAGUUAAAAAUUGAUCACAGUGUUAAAACUCAAGCCCAAUUCCAUCCCGACCAUAGAUUCAGUUAAAGCCCACAGGCCCACUAGUAGCGUAUAAUUCCAAAUUUCCAAUAAUCAUAGCCCACGUCUUCCUGAAGGAAGAAAAUAAGGUUCGAAACCCCACCAUACAAAAUCACGGCGGUUCUACCAUACUAUUAUUUCGUUCUAUAACCCUAGCCGCCGGCGGUGGCAGCUUAUUCUCUCACUCGAUAAUCAAUCCGCCUGCCGUUGUUCCGCCGGACAUUGGAGCGAUGAAGCUAUUCGAAGACGACGAUGUCACUGCCGAGGAUAUAUCCAACAUUGAGAUUGACCAGGAGUUCGCCCGGCGGUACGCGCACAACAAGAAGCGGGAGGAUCUCCAGCGGUACGAGGAGCUGAAAAAGAGUGGCCGAAUCGACGACGACGAUUCGGAAUCAGAAUCCGAGUCGUCGGACGACGAGGCUGCCGAUAUCGCUGGUGCCAACAAGAAGAAGGACAUCAAGUUCUUCGAGAAUCUGCUCAAGGUAAGGAAGCAAGACCCUUCUCUGUACCAGAAUGUUCCAAUCUUUAGCGAUAGCGAAGGAGAAGAAGAAGAAGGAGAGGAUGAAGAGAAGGGCCGGGAUGAUGGUAAGGUUGAUGAGAAGCAGAAGGAUGAGAGCAAGAAGAAGAGGAAGUCAAUGUACUUGAAGGAUGUUGUGGCCAAGAACUUGAUCGAAGAUGGCCCUGAAUUUGAUGAUGUGGAGACUAGAGAGGGGAAGAGAGGGAAGACUUACAAUGAAGAACAGGAGGAGUUGAGGAACCAGUUUCUAGAUGCUGUGAAGGACGCCGUGGGUGAGGAUGAUGGGGAAGGGGGAGGAGAAUUCUUGAAAUUGAAGGAUAAGGGGAAUGAAGGGAUUGGUGAGGAUGAUGAGGUGUUGGAGGCUAAGUUGGGGGAGUACUUUGGCCCUCAGGAAGAGUUGGAUGAGAACAAGAUGUUUCUGAUGGAGUUCUUCAAGAAUAAGAUGUGGGCUGAAAAGGGUAAUAACGGUAGGGAAAAUGGUUUCGAGCUCGAUGACAUCGAUGAUAUAGAUGGGGAGGAGGUAGAAAGGCAGGAAGAGUUUGAAGGGAAGUUUAAUUUUAGACAUGAAGAGAACAAAGGGGAUAGGGUGAUGGGUCACUCUAGGUUUGUAGAAGGUGCUAUUAGGAAAGAGGAGAAUCCGAGGAAAGGGCAAAGGAAGAGGAAGGAGGAGAGGAUGAAGGAGGCCGAGAUUCGGCGAGAGGAGGAGUUGAAGCACUUGAAGAAUUUGAAGAAGAAAGAGAUGGAAGAGAGGCUCCAAAAGGUUAUGGAGGUUGCAGGUAUUAAAAGUGGCAAUGGUGCAUUGGAUUUGGAUGAGUUGGAGGAUGAUUUCGAUCCUCAGAAGUAUGAUAAGAUGAUGAAGAAGGCAUUUGAUGAUGGGUAUUACGAAGCUGAAGAUGCUGAUCCUGGGUUUGGCAGUGCAGGGGAUGAUGAUAGUGAUAUCGAGAAGCCAGAUUUUGAUAAGGAGGAUGAGUUGCUUGGACUUCCUAAAGGCUGGAACACAGCUGAUGAUGAGGAUGGCUUUGCAUCUACUCGGGAAAAGAUUUUGAAAGAGAAGGGUGAGAGUGAUGAUGAUGAUGUUGAUGAUGAUGAACAGGAAGAACGGAAAGAGGAAGGUAAAAAGGAUGAAAGGGAGGAUGGAGGUAAAAGGAAGAAGCAAAAACGCAAGCUGUCCUUGCUUCAGAAAACCAAGCAGGAAUUGCUGGACGAGUACUAUAAAUUGGAUUACGAGGGGACAAUUGGAGACCUAAAGACGAGGUUUAAAUAUGCUAAAGUGAAUCCUAACAAAUAUGGACUGAAGACAGAGGAUAUAUUGUUGUUAGAGGACCAAGAUUUGAACCAGUAUGUGUCUGUGAAAAAGCUUGCACCUUACAGAGAGAGCGAGUGGAAGGUUCCCAGCAAUCAGAAGAACCAGUAUAAGAUGAAGGUUAAGGAGUUGAAGAAUAACCUCAACAUCCGAAAGGCUAGCAAGAAGAAUCAUAGCCCAAAGGUCGAUAGUAAUAACAGUGAAGGAUCAACUUCAGCUGGCCUAUCCAGGAAAGCUAAGAGAAGGCAGAACCAAGCACAUCUCAAAUUGUCUCAUGGUAGGCUCUUAGCAUAUGGGAAGGUUCAGCCUAGUGCUAAAAGCAAGAAGAAAGUCUGAUUGUACCUGAACAUGCCAGGUAUGGAAAGUAGGUGCGUUACUUGUACCGUCUUUUUUCACUUUUGCUAUGUUCAAACAAUGAUUAGCUGCUUGCUCGUUUGAUACCCUAUUCCAUUUGUUGAUGUUAAUUGCCAGCUUGCUUGUACUCUAACUCGUAUCCUUCUUCGGUUUCCUGUAAUUUCGUGAAUAACCAAGUUGUAGAUUCUAUAGCGUAGGAUAAUGAUUUUGUUGUCCAAUUUUUGCAUUUCUCUUUGUACUUCGUUGAGCCUUGCUGCUUUAUUCGCUCUUAUUAUUCUCGUCACUUGUUGUUCUUUGAAGCUCAUGGUUGGAAAUUACUGCAGUGAAUUAUAUAUGCUGAUGGAGUGCAUCUUGUGAUCCUAAAGUCCUGCUUUUCUGCCAGAAUCUGGAUUUCAAACCUCGUGUAUGGCGGAUUAUCUGAAGGACGGUGUGUGAUCUCCGACCUAAUGAAAUGACAAGAAGAUAUUGUUGUUUUUAUGUAUUGAUCAAGAUUGAGUUGAACUUGGCAAAUACAGGCUGUUCCAAUCCUGGGGGGUGCAAGUCUCUGUUUUGGUAGACCCAGUGUAUUUAGUUUCCUUCUUCUGUGUAAUUUAAGAUAUGCAGAAGACCAUGUCUCUUUACUGCUACGUCAAAUUGUUUCACCAUAUUCUCAAUAUCAUUGUUGCUCCUCUCAAUCCUGGACGAGUAACUUCUCCAGGGUAAUGUAACUUACAAGGAUUUGAAGCAUAUUUAUGCAUUUGAUGGUGGGAAUGUGAGAAUUCUAUGUAAUGUCAAAAUGCAGUACUUUAGUUAAAAAGACCACUUGAUUAGUUCAUCGAACGGCCCAAGUCGCCCGUUUCCCAGGUUCACCCACCCCUAAAUCUAUGCAGCCGUUGCAAAAACCAGGUCAAAAUCCAACCAAUUCAUCAAGCAGCGCCAAACGUAUUCUGGUCUGACAGCGAUAGCCCACCGGCCACUUGUUUUCUAAUGUUCAAUGCAAACAGUUAUAUUUGAACGCAGAUUUGCGGCCACAGCGCUGCACAAAGCACUACACAUCUGAUUCUGUCACAAACCCUUGACUUGCCUCAAAUCGUGGCCGAUAUUGUAGACUAUAAUCUUUUCUUUGAACAUUAUGUAUCUACCACAAAGGGAUCCAUGAACCCAAGAAUCCAACACCAAAUAAUACGCACUUUCUUAGCAGGACUUGCUCCAAAACCAAAGCACCUUGAAGAAUGAUCUUUCUUGCUAACAAAAAACUAAGGACCGCCCGGCAGGCAGUGCCGAUACAGAUACUGCAACCUGGGAGUGGAGGUGAAAUCUCAGGCAACUACAGCAAUGAGAAACCUAGAAGAAAUGUAUAUAACUUAAAAGGAGAGUCUUUAUUCAUGUCCACAAACCUAUACACAAAAGAGAGAAUCCUACAAUCUAACAAGCCCCCAUCUCUUACCCUUCUUUGCUUGAUUAACAAAAUGCCAUAUACCCUUUACCUUCUGCCCCCACCAAAACAAUCAUCUAUCUAUACACAGCAACACAACCAGCCCCACCUCAAUAAUUAGGUAGGCUAAAG